CAAGCAUCACCAUCGUCACAACACGGAAGCAGGCGGCACACUGGAGGGGGGCAGGAGGCAGACACGGGGGACCGGGAUCGCCUAAAGCCAAGAAACGAGCAAAUCACCCACCGAAAUCCUCUCUUUAAAAUAAUCCGACGCAGUGAGCAGCAAAGAAAAAUUGUGAUUUAAGGGAAAAGGCGGGCUAAAAGGGAGCAUCAUGGCGCUCAUUCCCUCCCAGGUUCUUCGCAUGACCAUACUGCUGUCCUACUUCUCCAUCCUGUGCCACUACAAGGCUCUGGACAUGCCGGCUCACCAAACCUACGGAGGCAGCUGGAAGUUCCUCACCUUCAUCGACCUGGUGAUCCAGGCGGUGUUUUUCGCUGUGUGUGUGCUGAUCGAUGUCUCCAGUCUACUGACAAAAGGAGGAGAAAAUAGGGAGCAGGAAAGGCAGCUGAGGAAGCUGAUUAGCCUCAGGGAUUGGUUGAUGGCCGUGCUGGCGUUCCCUGUUGGAGCGUUUGUAGUGUUCACUUUCUGGAGUCUCUACCUCUAUGACCGAGAGCUGGUCUACCCCAAACUCCUCGACAACUUCAUUCCUCAAUGGCUCAACCAUGGCAUGCACACUACAGUUCUGCCGUUUAUUAUCAUCGAGAUGCGGACCACACACCAUCGCUACCCGGAUAGAUCAUGUGGCCUGGCGGCCGUGUGCUCCUUCGGCGUGGGGUACAUCCUCUGGACUUGCUGGGUCCACCAUGUGACAGGCGUUUGGGUGUACCCCAUCCUCGAGCGUAUCACGCCGCUGGCCCGUGUCCUCUUUUUCAGUGCACUCACUGCGGUUCUUUGCAUUUUCUACGUCCUUGGAGAGAUCCUCAACAGCUACGUCUGGUACAAACCGCACACAGGAAAGGUCAAAGGUGAGUGAACCUUCUUGGGCAUCACAUUAGGCCUUGCCAGCACACAUGAGGAUGGGGGGUCACACCCUGCCCACCUGGACAGCACAAAGAUAACCUCAGUGGAUCUGCAAGAUAUUGCUACCUUUUACUUUCAUCCAUUAACAUGAGGGACAUGUAAACAAACCAAAUGGCUGCUGAUGUUGGCUUUUUUAUAAACACGCAUUAGAUGGUACAUGUGUCUCAAAUGAAAGACUUCUGUCAGUACUCUUCAAUUAGUAUACUGUGUAGCCUAUUAAGUUUCUGAGUGUGUGAAUGCUGUCACUGAAGUACUGUCCCAAAUCUUCUACUGUUUUUUAUGCAAUUAACAGAAAUAACCAUUACAAACUUGUCUAACUUUAUAGAUUGAAUACUCUGUGCUGUGUCUCAAUUGGUGCACUUUGAUUCUUAAACUUAGUCCUUCAAGUGCGUUAGUGUCCACACUUAGAAGUACGAUAAAAAGCAUUACAUACACUGUCUGUAUCCGGAUGUUGUAUUUCGAACACUGAAAUUAGUGAGUGUGCGGUGAUAGGACACUUACCUCUCUCUACAUUCGUCAUCUUGGCUACGUAACGGACGGUAAUAGGCUAACUUGUGUGGUUGCAUAUUAUUUUAAAAAGGAAUGGUUAUUUCUGGCAAAUGUACAGUAUCAGUAAGUCCAGGGUGUACGCCGCCUUCUGCCCGAAUGCAGUUGGCAUAGGCUCCAGCCACCCCCAUUACCCUGAGAGGGAUUAGCGGUAGAAAAUGGAGGGCAUUUGUAAUGGUACCACAUUGUCAACAUUCACACACUCAGGAUUUAAGUAAAAAGUGUACUGAUGAUAGGAUUCCAUUGACUGCAACAUUCAUUUGUUCACAUAUCUUUGUAGUCUUCACAUCUCCUGACAGGUCAAAGCCUUGAUGUCAGGGUGGUUUUAGAUCAAAAGUCAUCUAAGUUUACAAGGUGUCAAAAAAUAUUUUGCGAUAAACCCCAUCAAAUCAUACAUCACAUGAAAGGCCUCGAUAAGGGCUCUCCAUACAAGUUGUUCAUGGUUGCCAUUAUUUCUUCAAGUAUUCUUGUAAUUCUUCCCCCUGUGACGAUGCAAUGACUUGAAUGUUAAAAAGCUUGCAAACCAACAAAAACAAUGAAUACUACUUAUGUUUUAUUUUGGGUUGAGGGUUGUUUAAGUAUAUUACUUGUUGGUCGUGGAGAAACACAUCCACAGGCUGAUGAACUCUGCAAAUAAACAAUAUUUAUUGGGUCAAAACAGGUCAACAUCAAUUCUCUGAUCAAUAAACUAAGUUGUUUUCAGUCAA